AUGGAUGACGCGUCACUACCUUCUCCUCCUCAUAGGACGCCUCUGUACGAAGUGGCAAAACUGCAACCAUAUGAACCCCUUGAUAAUGAAACGGCAUGCCUUGCUCUCAAGGAAGAACAACAGAUCGAAGGGGAUUUUAAUUUUUCCAAUCCCAAUCGUGCGUGGAGAUCUCAACCUCAUUUUCUAGCCCGUUUUCUUCACACACUGGCACCUACACCUCGAUCUGAUACGGCCUCACCUUUGGGCAGCCGAGUGGUGUUAGGUGAUUUUAGAUGGGCAAAUUUUGAGAUAGAGCACAUCCCAAUGCCUAAUGGUUAUCAUGAAUGGGCUGCCAGGGUUUUAACUAAUCAUUCAUCUCAUCUCAAGGGAAGCGAGCCGGGCAAGGAUUAUAUUUAUGGGGCAAUCUUCUGUUCCUUAGGAAAAUACCCUAUAUCUCCCUCCGUGGUAAGAGCUCUACUGGAGAGGUGGGACUCGAUUGCGAACACCUUCGUAUUCCCUUGCAGAGAGCGUACAAUCACCCUCUUAGAUAUGAAGAACAUGGCCGGUUUACCACUGGAUGGGGAACCUUAUGACGAAUUCAUUCCAUCUCGUGCUUACAUGGAGCCAGCUAUGCUGCUGUAUCCAAAGACUUUACUGCCUCUCUACAGGGCAUGGCGCAAACUUGAGGACGGAGGAAAAGUUACUUUCCAAAAGUGGUGCGAUUACUUUCAUUGCACCCCAGGAAAUCUUUCAGGUUUUGAUAGCAGUGAGUUCUCCAAUAUCUAUACUGCUGCAUUCCUAACACUCUGGAUAUGUUGCUUCGCGAUUGUUGGAGGGGGGCCAUAUAUUCGACCAGGUGUACUAGUGACAGCCUCAUGGAUGACUCUGGGCCGCCAAUUUGCUUUGGCACAACCUGCUUUGUGUUCUUUAUAUUACUCUUUAAGGCUUAUUAGCACCAAGCCUAUUAAUCCUGCAUCUUUGAGGAAGCUUUGGCCUGUCCACUAUCUGAUUGGCUGGAUAGGGGAUCACAUACCAGCGGUAUUUGGUAACAGAAUGAAGCAUGUCAAUAUCCCUGUUUGCCCGUAUCCUUCAGUGCGGCCAACUAUGCUGGAUACUAUGUCCAGAAAGCAAACUCUUUUCAGUCCCAAGAGUGCUCAUAAGCUUCUGUGUAGAGAUAAGAAUAUUUUGUGGAAUCCCUACAAGCCUCUUGACGAGGACCUAACAGCUCAACCAAACUCACUUCGGACCAACAGAAUAUUUGAUUUAUCACUUCGUCGUGGUAUGCUCCCAUGGAGAAUUGCUACAUACAAGACGGACUUUUGCAUUUUGGAGCCAUACCACCCGGAACGUGCAGCUAGACAGUUCGGGUUGGAUCAAGUUGUUCCUCAUCUUCCGUUGACUAGUUUGGUAACUGAAUCUGACGUUGGGAUAGCAUAUGCUCACUGGCGACAUCUUCUACGCCCGAUAUAUGAGGACUCGCAUCUCAUACCAGAUGAGUAUCGUGUAGGACGUGCUUCACUGGCUUGGGUUAGAUGGUUCAGUGCUUUCAUAGAACCAUUUAACUCCAUUUUACACAGCUUGGGCCAAGAUAACCUCUAUGACCCUAUCAGUUUCGGGGCUAGACAAUGUGAUUAUCAUAUACACCCAAGUCUUGCUCCUCGAAAUCUAUCCUCUCGUGACUUGACUGUGGUGCAGAGGGUAGCUGAAGAACAUCUUCAGGAUUAUCUUGUAUCUAUCAUGAAUAAAGAGAUGACCAAUAAUGAUCAUUGGAAGAGAGAGCUGCACAACCUUCUGGGUGUACAGGUCGACUAUCAGGGUCAAACAGCCAUGGAGCGGGAUCACUUUGAAACAAACCCUGUUGCCGGUCCUUCAUCCCAACCUGUGUUACUUGACAACCUGUUGGCAAAAGAGAAUUUGAUAGAUAAUCAAAUUAUUGUGCCAGUUGAGAACAACAAGAAGCGUCACCCACCCUUGAAUAUCCUUUCAAGAGAUAAUGGGGAUCCACCAGCCAAGAGAAGGCUUGAUUUUACUGAUAUGGAUGAGGGUUGUGGCCCAGCCAUUGCACUUGCCCCCAACGUCACUCCCGUUGACGAAGAUCCCAAUCAAGAAGAUGAAGAUUAUACAGUCAUUACAGAUUUCGGUAUAGUGGAUAAGAAAGGCAAUUUACAGCCUCUUCCUUCUAUUGAAAGCUACAUUACUACCACGGGGUCAGGUGGGGAUUUUUCAAAGUCCCCGUAUAAUAUGACUCGUGUUGUUCUUCCUGACAUUGACUCAACUGAAAUUUCAGCUUUUAUCAAUGAUUGUGGACAGCAGCUUGACCAUCCAUCCUCCGGCCAAGCGUUAUCUAAGGAUACGCAAAGCAUGGACGCGACUGAGAUCGAGAAGAUUUUCUUGGCAACAGCAUAUCAGGUGUCACUAAAGGUUCUCAACGGGCUGGAUGUUACUACAUUGAAAGACCCGGAGCGAUGUGCCGCCCUGCAACUUACUUCGACUAGUCUCCCUGGGAAUUUUGCUAGCAUUUCCAAGAUCAAAGCUAUGCUGGACAAACUGGUUGCUAUUUCCCAACAAUUGCAACUUGCCCACUCUGAAUUUGAAGCAAGCUCUGGGCGAGUAGACCAAGCUGUUGGCCAGGUUAAACAAGAGCUUUCAGUUAAGAAAAAUGCUCUCCAAGCUACCGCCCAGGAAAUGAUUUCAGUUGAAGAGAGGAAAGCUGAGCUUUUAGCAGAAGUUGCCAAGUUUAACCUUGCCUUGAAGGAACUGGAGGAGAAGGAGGAAAAGCUAUUGAAGACUCAGUCUGCCCAGGAAUUAGAAGUGAAGGAGCAAGAACAAGCGCUGUGUGAUGCCACUACAAAGGCAAACAAGAGAGCCAAUGAUGACCUCCGGGCAAAGACGAUGGUUCCUAUCCAGGAAGCUGAGAAGCUUUUGACUGAUCUGAACCAAACCCUCUCCCAAGUCAACUGA